AUGUCUCACGACGACGCAGAAACAUCUAAACCAGACCCGCAUUCACAGCGCAUUAGAAUCAAAAACCGGCGGAAACGCUAUCUUGAUCUCCAUCCAGAAUACUUCAAAAGCUCCGAGCUAGAGCUCGCCGAUCCUUUGCUCUACGACAGACUGGUCCGACGCUUCCAGUCCGCCGAGGAGCGUGAGAGGGAAGGCCGAGCGCGAGGAUAUACAGGCGUGCUGGAAACAGACCUUAUAAGAUCCGAAGCCAAAGUUGCUGCGCUGCAGAAUCCUGAUCCCAAUUCGCCAAUUAUUUACAGGAGGGCGCAAGACGGCACCAUCGUAGCAGUUGAGCAGGAUGCGGAUGAUAGGGCGCAGAAUCAGGAGGAUGGUUGGGCGAGAUGGGUGGAUGUGAUGGGUCAGAGGUUUCUGAGGGGAGAUGACUCUGAUUUUCAUUAUCAAUCAGUUGAUGGGAGUGACGAGUAUGAUGACCGAGACGAGGAGGAUCGCAACAGAUUGGACCAUUACUUCGCCGGUGAAGAAGCUGAAUUCGUUGGAGAAGGGAGGCCGGUUGGAGAGACUGGUGUUCAAGACUAUUGA